UGCGCUAUCCGCGACACCUUUUCUUAAUCUUUGCACCUAAAUCACCUAAAAGCAGAACAGAUAUUAUACCUGAUAUAAUUUGCACCAAAGCUUCAGUCGUAUUUUUAUGGUUGACGUCCUAAAGUUCAUCUCGACAGUACUUCAAAUUUGUUUGACGAUCGUUUCAGAAAUUUGGCAACUCUUCCACUUCGACAAGAUUGAAAGGAAAUCGGCACGACAUCAUGAAGAUACUCAUUUUGAUCAGUGUUGUCGCCAUGUCGACCGUGGGCAACGCCGCUUACAGCUGCCCUGAGUUCUGGAACUUAUUCGGAGGGAACUGCUAUCGUUAUCAGGGGGAUAGAUUGACAUGGUCGGCUGCUGAAGCCAGAUGCAAUGAGGCCUUUACCAGCGCUGGAGUGGGACAUCUAGCUUCGAUCCAUAGCCUUGCAGAGAACCGCUUCGUUUAUGAGAUGUUCAAAUCAAGCGUGUCCAUAAACGACAUUCCAGAUUGGGUGUAUAACAGAGAAGACCGCAAUCCAAUCUACGGGAUAUGGAUCGGACUUCACCAGACUGUGGCUGACGGGCCCUGGAAGAACUCUGACGAUACCGACCAGGGUGAUUUCUACAAAUGGAGGCCUGUAGAACCCAACAACAGCUACUACCAGGGUGAACAGGUGGAAGACUGCGUCCACAUCUGGCGCACUGGAUCUGAAUCCGAUGAUCAACAAACGUGGAAUGACAUGUACUGCAACGAAGUGAUGUCCUUCGUCUGCAAGAUGCCAGCGGACGGGGAGUCUUGCGAGUAAUAAGUGGUCUCCAUUUUCCUUUUGACUCCUCAACAGAUUGAGGCUAUCGACCACUUGCCCGACUGACGUCAACCAUUCAUCAAUAUUAUCCAUUUUGGGCGCUAGGUUAUAACUCUAUCUCUCUCUCUCUCUUUCUCUCUCUCUCUCUCUUUCUCAUCCUACCCCUCUCUCUCUCCCUUUCUAUAUCUACCGGUCCCGACGGAAAAAUGAAUUGACUACUCUACAUUAUUUUGGCGGCGGGGUACCGAAAACUAUUAUAUCCUAUUUUAUGCUAGCUUGACUUGUAUGAAAGUAAAUUAAACAAAUCUCUUCUAUGUGUCUCUUUUAUUUAGGUCAACACGAUUGUGUUUAAUAAGUACUGCUUAAAUUAGCAUGAUUUCAUCUACUGAAUAAUGAUGUGAGAAGAGGUCAUUUAUAGGCCUUUUACAAGCCUUAUUUCUAAGCAUGCAGUAUAUCUCUCUCUAAUACAAUAAUUGUCUUAAUCAUUGCCGUCUUCUCGCUUCCUCCACCUGUUUUUUCUUCAAGACUUGCUUUUCUUCAGGAACCCUUCGUCCCAUGACCAUUGAAUAACUUUCCUUUUUCUUUUGACAAUUACAAAAUAUAAUUACAUUUGGGGGUAACACCAUUGAUAAUCACACGAAUAUUUUUUAAAGAACACUGGCUGUACAUACACCAGGGUAUGUGCGGUGUGCGCUUGACUGUAGAUGCGAAGGUCGAGGGUUCGAAUCCCGACACGGCACUAAUAUCCUUU